AUGAUUUUUAAAGCUUGCCAGGGGUUCUAUGAAUAUAACUAUCCAACUAAUAAUCAAAUCCAACAUCUUCAUAUGCCACAAUUAUUUUCACACAAUCCCAACACAUCACUUUCUAACUACAAUAAUUCUAACUCUUCACCUUUUACAUACGAUCCUAGCCCUAUACCUUCUAGCUACAUUCCUAGUCCUUCGUCUUCUACAAAUAAUCCUAGCCCUAUACCUUCUAUCUACAUUCCUAGUCCUUUGUGUUCCACACAUAAUGGUAGCCCUAUACCUUCUAUUUAUAUUCCUAGUCCUUUGCUUUCUACAAACAAUCCUAGCCCUUCGCCUCCUACUUACAAUACUAACUCUUCCUAUACUCAGAAUGUCUAUGAUCUAAGUUACAAUUAG